CAUCUUAUUUAGCAUCUGUAACUUUAGUGCCGGAUGAAUGUUGAUGAACGUCGCGUUUUGUUUAUCAAAUUGUAAUAUGUGAAAAUUGAAAGUGUUGAUUAAUUGUUGCAGUGCAAAUGCAAUGAAAAUUUGGAAUUUUAAGCGCUGCCUACCACAAACACUAGCUGUGACGUCGACUGUAAGUUGAAUAAUAUCUCAAGGUCUCUUUGUUUUGUGCGUGGAGUGGAACUGAAAGGGAAACAGACGAAAACUGGUUGGGGCAUGAGCUGGCCGAGGCGACACUGGAACUGGACGUCGUCUCAAUGGAUCAGCCGACAACAGUGAGACGAUGCAGCAGCAGCAACAAGAAGAGCAACUAGUUGAGCAGCAGCAGCUAAAAUUUAACAUCAACGUCUGUGCGUAGCAUGAGACAGAGACAGAGAGAGCGACUGCUUCACAUAUGUGCCAACCAACCAUAACAUCAACAACAACUAAUUAACAGCAAUUGACGAUCGCUGAGAGAGAGAGAGAGAGAGAGACGCAGCAGAAGCUGAGAUCACGACGCGUGUCUAACGAUAAGUCUGAUAAGAAAAGUUAUACAUUUUAACAUAGGGCAACCGACAGGGCAACAACAAAACAUAACAACAAUAACAUAUCGUCUAACUAACAGCAGCGUUCACAUUAACAGAAUGCUGUUAACUUAAAUUACUGAUAUACAAGUUAACAUCGUCAUCACAUUCAAGACGGACAACAGCUGAUUGCUGCCGGCUGACUGCUUGACUGACAGUUACAAAUCAAAUUUGUCGCACGCAAACAAAAUUUGCGGUUAAUUUAACACUAUUAAGCCGACACCAACAACAUCAACAACAAAGAAUAAAAAAAAGAAGCAUAACAGGUUAAAAGAGAAAAGUUAAAAUGACAUUUCAAACAUUCACACGAAAAAUGCGGGGACGCAUGCGCUCCAACACCUGUCGCAUUGUUCUGCUCACAUCGUUGGUGUGGGUAAUCUUUGACUUUGUGCUCAUUGCCCACUAUUCGGACUGCAUAGGCAAAGAUGGCUGGCGUUGCAGGCGAGCCGGCGAAUACGAUGUGGAGCUGCCAAACGCUGAGCGUUUGGUGGACGAUAAUCAAAUGGUUGACGAUAAUGAAAUCAAUACGGAGAAAUCUCUGGAUGGUGGUGAUAGCGCUGGCGUUGCUCCCAUCAUGGGCCAGGGCUUUGCUUCCGGCGGCAUUUCGAUGACCUAUCGCAGCCUGGUGCUAAAGAAAUGGUUCCAAGCGCCCACGGUGCGAGAAACCAAGGGCAAACCGGGUGAGAUGGGUAAACCCGUCAAAAUACCCGCUGACAUGAAGGAUCUCAUGAAGGAGAAGUUCAAAGAGAAUCAAUUUAAUCUAUUGGCCAGUGACAUGAUCUCAUUAAAUCGCUCACUAACAGAUGUGCGACAUGACAACUGUCGUCACAAACAUUAUCCCUCAAAGUUGCCCACAACUUCAAUUGUGAUAGUCUUCCAUAAUGAGGCCUGGACGACGUUGUUGCGCACAGUUUGGAGUGUCAUCAAUCGUUCACCGCGUUCUCUGCUCAAGGAGAUUAUUCUAGUGGAUGAUGCCAGCGAAAGAGAUUUUCUGGGCAAACAGCUGGAGGAUUAUGUGGCCAAGCUGCCGGUCCGUACAUUUGUGCUGCGGACUGAGAAACGUUCUGGUUUGAUACGCGCCCGUCUCCUUGGUGCCGAGCAUGUCACCGGUGAGGUCAUCACCUUCCUGGAUGCGCAUUGUGAAUGCACUGAGGGUUGGCUGGAGCCGCUGCUGGCUCGCAUUGUUCAGAAUCGUCGCACGGUUGUGUGUCCCAUCAUUGAUGUCAUCUCGGAUGAGACAUUCGAGUACAUUACCGCAUCGGAUUCCACGUGGGGUGGCUUCAACUGGAAGCUUAACUUUAGAUGGUAUCGUGUGCCUCAAAGGGAGAUGGCGAGACGUAAUAAUGAUCGCACAGCGCCACUCCGAACACCGACAAUGGCUGGUGGAUUGUUCUCCAUUGACAAGGAUUACUUCUAUGAGAUUGGAUCCUACGAUGAGGGUAUGGACAUUUGGGGCGGCGAGAAUCUGGAAAUGUCGUUUAGAAUAUGGCAAUGCGGAGGCAUUUUAGAAAUUAUACCCUGCUCGCAUGUGGGCCACGUUUUCCGCGACAAAUCGCCGUACACCUUCCCCGGCGGCGUAGCCAAAAUUGUGCUGCAUAAUGCGGCGCGGGUGGCCGAGGUUUGGCUGGACGAGUGGCGUGAUUUCUAUUAUGCAAUGAGCACAGGUGCUCGCAAAGCUUCUGCUGGUGAUGUGAGCGAUCGGAAAUCUCUUCGCGAUCGCCUCAAAUGCAAAAGCUUCCGUUGGUAUCUGGAGAACGUAUAUCCAGAGAGUUUAAUGCCACUGGACUACUACUAUCUGGGCGAGAUUCGCAAUGCGGAGACGGAAACCUGCCUGGAUACGAUGGGUCGCAAGUAUAAUGAAAAGGUCGGCAUUAGCUACUGUCAUGGUCUCGGUGGCAAUCAGGUGUUUGCGUAUACGAAGCGACAGCAGAUCAUGUCCGAUGAUCUGUGCCUCGAUGCCUCCAGCUCAAAUGGGCCAGUGAAUAUGGUGCGCUGUCACAACAUGGGCGGCAAUCAGGAAUGGGUCUACGAUGCGGAGGAGAAAUGGAUAAGGCAUACGAACACGGGACAGUGUUUGCAGCGUGCAACGCGAGAUGAUGCAAGCACGCCGCUGCUGAGACCUUGCAACUAUUCCAAGGGGCAGCAAUGGCUCAUGGAGUCAAAGUUCAAGUGGCAGGCGCACUAGCUGACAAGAUAUCCAAAAAAAAAAAAAAACAAAAAUCUACAAACUAAACUAAACUGAGAACUUCCAAUUUGUGUUUAAACUGUUAACUAAGUUGCCAGCAUUAUAAGGAAUGGCAGAAGAAGCAGGAUGAUAAGGAGAGACAGGAACAGGAAAAGAACAGGAGUAGCAGGAUCUGAUUUACUAGCAAGGAUUUCAAGCAUUUUUCGUUUACUUUAUGCUAUAAGUUGUAGCCUAAGCAGAUAGUUACUCUCACUCUAUCUCUUUAUCUCCAUGUGUGUGAGUGCGGUGUGUGUGCGUGUGUGUUGCGCUAUGUCUUCCCAAUUAAUGUGUGUGUGUAUAUACAUAUAUAAAUAAAUAUGUUGUAUGCGUGUGCGAUAAAUUUUAUGUAUUAUGCAUAUUUAAUUGUAAUAUAUUUACCUAGCCUCGACCAAGUACCAAUAAAUUGGCAUUUAAUUGACAUUGUGCUUCACAACAAAAACAAAUAACUAAACUAAUAACAACAGCAACAACUAUAAUUGUAACAAACUAACAUGUGUCAUAGGAGAUCGAUUAAGGCAAAAGUUAAAAUGAAAUGGCGUGUUCCAAAUUGUAAUUUCAAAUGCAAUGUUGAAAUCAUAAACCUUUUAGGAAAAGUUGAAAUUGAACUGCAAUUGGAAACAGCCCAAUAGUUAUGUAUAUGAAAGAUGAUAAAGUACCCUGCACAUUCCCCUAGCUAAUACAAAUUUGAGUUGUGUUUUUUGUAUAUUUAAUGUUUAAGUUUGCUUUCUAUCUUUUGGCAAUUUAAAAAUCUUUUUCGCUUUGUACCAAAUUGUUGAGUUGAUACCACAAAACGGCGCUGCAUAUCAUAAACAAAUGAAAAUUGCUUUGAAAACCAUAAUCAUUAUACAACAUUCGUAAUAAAACAAAUGCACGCAUAUCAUAAUACAGUGUAAAAACUAAAUAUUUAUAUACAUAGGUUCUAGGCAUACAUAUACAUAUACAUAUAUACUAUAAACCUAUAUUUAUGGAAGAUAUAAAACUAACGUAAACGAAAAAUGUUGUAUAUAAAUUGAGAAAUUAGUUAUAAAAAUUAUACAUUUAAAUUAAUUAGAGAGUGUCUGUGUCUGUGAGCAUGCGUGUGUGCAAAACAAAACUGUACUAUAAAUUUGCAUUUAGCAUUAAGUAAUUCUCUAAGUUCGAAUUUAGAGUUUAGACUUAGUCGAAAGUUUUGCGUAGUUCACAUAAUCCACAACAACAACAACUAAAACACCAACAACAACAACAGCUCUCUUAUUAACAAGAAAAAAAAUUUAUGUAUGUGCUCAAAAAACUUUACUCGAUUCGCUGUUGUGUAAAUAUUUAUCAAAUAUUUAAUCAAAAUGCAACCUGAUAAACUAAAUAACUGACUUAAAUGUUGUCCCUAAAAAACUAUUCAAACUAACAAGUGUAAGAGCCAAGUAAAACUUUUUAGCUAAAUUAAUUUUUUAACCAUAUAUAUAUAUUAUAUAUAUACAUAUAUAUAUAUAUAUAUAUAUAUAGUAAUAUAGACGAAUAUAUAUAACUGGUGGCGGUGCAAUUUUAAUUUUAGCAUUAAAUUAGCAAAAAAAAAAAAAAACAACAUUCAAUUAUUUCCAUUAAAGAUACGAAGGAAACACAACCCUCGUCCGGGCCAGUCUGGCAACCAAAUUUCAUAUUUAGUUAGCUAAAUAUAAUUUCUAAUUGUUUUUGAUUGUACAAUCUCC